AUGGUCUCGAUACAGCAGAGCCCGGGUGCCAAUUGGUGCGGCGGCUCGAUCAUCGACUACGAAUGGAUACUGACUGCGGCGCAUUGCAUCUGCGAGGGCCGUUCGACUACCCUGAUGGAUUUGAGUGGUUGGACAGUGCUGGCGGGAUCGCCUUUCAUCGACAAAGCUGAGGAGGGAUCGCAACGCAUCGCCAUCGAAACGGGAUACCGACAUCCGGAUCUCGUCGUCGGAAACUGGCAAAAUGAUAUCGCAUUGUUGAAGCUAAAAGAAGCAUUUAAAUAUGACUCUCACGUUCACCCAAUCAUGUUGUGGCGCGCCAGGAUGCCCGACUGGAUCCAGGUCAACGUCAUUGGAUGGGGGAAUCAGAUGGAGACACCCAAAGAGGAGCUAGUAUAUCCGUCGCGACUGAUGGGGUUCAUCGGGCAAAUGAGACCCGUCGACAAAUGUGACACCAAGCUGAAACCGAGGACGCGGUGCUUUGAUGGCGGGAAGAAGAAUUCGGGUGCUUGCUAUGGUGAUUCCGGCAGCCCGAUCUCCACGUAUGCACCUGCGCGAAACAAGCAGUCCUACUACGUCCAAGUUAGCCUGGUUAGCCAUGGGAAUAGAGAAAAUUGUGUGAAGGACGCGGAGGCGAUGACGGUUGGCCCUGAAAUUGCGCUAUACUGUGAUUGGAUCAAAGCGGUUACCGGCAAGGAGAUAUGUCUUGAA